AUGAGUAACAUCAACUCUGCAGAUCUGGAGACCCCAUUUAAUGUCACUGGUUACCAUUUUGAAUUGCCUUCAUUACUUGAAGGUGUAGACGACAUUGCCAUUGCUCAUGGAAUAAGAAACCGAGAUAAAUUGCCAGUUGUAGCAAAAUUGUCACACCAGCCUCUGCGUUUAGAAAGAGAAUAUCAUAUUGUGCAACGUUUAUAUCGUCAAUCAUCAGCCAAAGAAUUGUUAUGUAAACCUUUAGACAAAAUCACCUUACCAAAUGGACUCAUAACAUUUAUAUACGAAGAUUAUGGCAACAAUAAUCGAUUGGAUAAAUGUCAAGCUAUAAAAACUACUCCUGAAUUACAUCAUCAGCAACAAUUGGAUCACACGUUUUCAUUAAACACAUUUCUCGAUUUUGCAAUUCAGUGCUGUAACUGUCUAGAAAUGAUACAUAAACACCAAAUUGUUCACGGUGAAAUUAAAUUGAACGCAUUUUUAUGGCCGAAUGAUGAUACCGUUAAGAUUUGGAACUUUGGAUCAGGAUCCAAAAGCUUGGAAAUGAGUCUAACAUCAGAAGGGUGGAGAAAGAUAGUUCAUCGCAAUGGCGCCAACAACUUUUUACAAAUGUUGGUUUAUAUGUCGCCUGAACAAACAGGGAGAACAACAUUUCAACCCGAUCAUCGUACAGAUCUUUACAGUCUCGGUAUUACUUUCUUUGUCGCUUUGACCAAUUCAUUACCUUUUGCCCACAAUGGCAGUCCAAUGGAAAUUGUUCAUAAUGUGCUGAACAAGAAACUCCCUUCCGUUCAUCAUUUUCGAUCGGAAACACCAGUAGUCAUUUCAAUGAUUAUUGAAAAAUUGACUAAUAAGUCUCCUGACGAAAGAUACACUAGUGCCUAUGGUUUAAGAGAAGAUUUAAAAGAAUGCCAAAGGCAGCUUGGGAAAAACAAGUCUAUUUCACCUUUUACUCUUGGCAAAUACGAUAUUGCAAGUAUUUUUACCUUGCCAAAUAAUGGGUGUUUCGGUCGUUCUAGCGAGCUGACUUUGAUAAAUGCAAUUAUUCGGCGUACAGCAUACAUGUGUGGAUCCAAUGUACGAAGGCGCAACGGAGACACAACCCUUGCGACAUUAGCUUCCCUUAAAACUGAAGAUAAAUCGUAUAUUCGUGUGAACAAUAAUCGAAAUAACAGUUGUCAUCGAAAGAGGCCCACAGAGAUUAUUGCAAUUUACGGAAAUGCUGGUGUUGGUAAAUCAACCUUGGUUAGAAAUGUUCAGCAAUUUGCUAGGGAGUAUGGAUAUAUUGCAAUCGCAAAGUUUGAUACACGACAACCCACACCUUAUGGUUGUCUUUUGAGAUGCUUGUCCAUAUUCCUAAAGAAUAUUUUGGGCGAACCAGCUCAUGAAAUCGAACGGUUUUCACGCAUGUUAAAAGAACAACUUGGUGCAGAAGCAAUAUCACAGCUUCCGACGUUAAUAGUUGAUAACGUCCCGGAAUUAGCUUCAUUUUUGGAUCAACCCUCAUUUUCAAAUAAUUUAAAUGAUAAGAGCAGUAAUAGCUCAACUGGCUGUGAAUUCGAUAUGAGCGGUAGCGAAAUUAAAAUGAGGUUCCAUUCGGCAUUUAUUGAAAUAUUCCAUGUCAUGGUGAGUUUUAAAUUUGUAACCUUGUUUCUGGAAGAUCUACAUCAAGCAGAUGAAGCGUCUAUUGAAUUGCUGGAAUCCAUGAUUUCCGCUAAACUCAAUUUUUUGGUCAUCUUGACCUACAGAAUAAAUGAAGUUACCGCUUCAAUCACAAAGCUGCUAUCGAAUGAUGACUCAGUUGUAAGCUAUGUUAAAAUCGAAAACCUUGAUCAAACCGCCCUCAUGGAUCUCAUUACUACCACAAUGCAUCGUAUUGAAGAAAUUGAUUAUGCAUUGUUGACACCAUUAGUCGACUUUAUUCAUAAACGCUCUCACGGAAACCCAUUUUAUGCAUGCCAGCUACUCAUGACCCUGGAAAAAAAGAACGUGAUUUACUUCACCUGGGAAAAGUCACGUUGGGAAUACAAUCUGCAAGAAAUUGACAAACAACUGUUGCUGGAAAUGGAUGAAGACACAGACGGAGAUUUAGAUAUCGAGUUCCUUGUUAGACGAUUGAACGAGCUACCGCGGGACGGUAGAAAAUUCAUCAAAUGGGCCUCAUUUAUCGGUAGUAUCUUCAAUUAUGAAACAGUUAGAAAUCUAAUGAUGGAGAAUGACGACAUUAUGGACGAUGAUUUUGAAAGUGAUCAAGAUACCGACGAGGACGAAACCAUUAAUUCAUCAAAAGAAUUAGUGCUAGGAAGACGCAAGUAUGAUGCAAUCAAUGGACUCCAAUCCGCUCUCCAGCAUGGCUUCAUUCAAACAUUUAAUGGCGCCGAAUUUAGAUUUACUCAUGACAGAUAUUCCCAAGCUGCGAUGAUGCUGGCAUCACCUGAAACUCAAGACGUUUUCCAUUUGAGAAUUGCAGACCAUUUUAUGUAUAAAGAAAACGUAGACAAAUUUUGGGUUGCCGAUCAUGUGAAAGCAGCCAUACACCUUAUCAAGGACUACCGCAUCAAACAAUCAUAUCGUCAGAUUCUUGUGCAGGCCGGCGAUAAAGCUUUCAAUUCAGGAGCCCACAAAUUGGCAGUUUCCUAUUACCAUGCUGCCCAGAAAUUACUGACCACGAUAGACAAUCCAUGGCAAGAUGGAGAGGAUGGAAACUAUCAGGAAACGCUCCACCUCUACACUCGUUUAGCUGAAAUUAGUUGGUUCAUGGAUUACGAUCUCACAAAAGCCUAUAUCAACACUAUACUAAUCAAUGCACGAUCACCAAUAGAUCGUGCUGCCGCUUAUAGAAUUCAACAUCGAUACCGUUGGUCUCGUAUGGGCAGCCAAGAAAGUGCACCCAUUUUACUGGAAUGUUUACGGGAAUUGGGCGUGGAUGAGAUACAAAUGUAUUUAUCAGAAAAGGCUCUGGAAAACCUAUACAAAGCCACGAAGACAGAGGUGUUACAAGUGGGUCUAGAUAAGGUAUUGCAACUACCUGUGUGCGACAGUCGACUUAUUCGAACUCGAUUUUCUAUCAUGGAGGAGUUGUGCCUUUGGGCUUACUGGACAAACGAUAUGAGAGCCAUGUUGUCUGUGGGAGCUCGAUUUUUAUCAAAGACUUUGAAGUACGGAACUACACCAUCUACUGGCGUUGGAUUUGUUUUUUUCGGUAUUGCAGCAAUGCAGCUUUUCAAGGCUUACAAGUUCGGUGAACAGAUUGGCGCAAUCGGUGUUGCUUUAUGUGAUGCAUAUGGCGGUAACUCCGAAUCCGGCCGUGCUCGAUAUUUAUAUGCCGCAUUCUUAAGCUCAUGGAAAUAUCCGUAUCAAGAAUCUAUUCCCAUGUCACGUCUAGCAAUGAAACAAGGUUUAUUAGGUGGCGACCGCAUUUAUUCAACAUUUGCUCAUUUGCAUGUGGUGAUUGGCAACCUCCUCUCAGGUGAAAAUAUGGCGGACAAUUUAAGAGAAGCAAAGAACUGUCUAGAAGAAACUGACUUGAUUGGAGAAACGGUGGGUACUUCGAUUUUAGCGACCACGAUUAUUCGCGUCAUCUUGGCAAUGCAAGGAAAGACACGAUUAGAUGAAGGUGCUGUCUUCGAUGACAAUGAAUUUCAAGAACUCGCGUUUGUCAAAUCUGCCAAGAAAGAUCAUGCCGAUGCCAAUGUCCAACUUUAUUAUUAUUACUCCAUGAAGUCAGUAAUACUCGGAUUAUUUGGAUUCGAUAAGGACGUCGUAGAACUUAGUGAUCAACAUAUUCAUAUGGCAGAUUCUCUACCUUCUGCUCGACACACUCAUUUGAUGUUCUUUUUCAGGUGUAUUAGCUUGAUCCGAAUGAUUAGAAAGAAAGAAAUUGGACGUGAAAUGAUGGGAGAUGUAGAUAAAUCACGUACACGUUUAGCUGACUGGGCCGAAAAUUCCCAUCCUGCCAACCUCCAAAUGUUCAUUUCAUGUAUCGAUGCAGAAAUUGCCAGUCUUGAAGGAGAUCAACUCAAAGCUCAAAAGUUGUUUGAUCUUGCAAUCCGUCAAACUAAGCAAGGUAAAUGGCCAAUCGAAACCGCUGUUAUACUUGAACUUGCAGGUGAAUUUUAUACUCGCCAUGAAAUCGAAACUAUCGCUUGUGUUUUGAUCGAAAAGUCCAUCAAUAGCUAUAAUCAUAUUGGCAUGUAUGGAAAAUCGAAACAGCUUGAAGCGAGACACGAAAGCAUACUGCACUGUUCCUCUAUUGAUACAGCCAAGAAAAGUACCAGCGUUCAGACAGAGACUUAUCCAGAAUCAGUAAAACGAGACUCUGUCGGUGAUUUGACAUUACCUGACCCUUUCACAUUCGCUCACACCAACGAUCAAUUCAACAGUAGCAGUAACGCCAUGUCUUGCACACCUGAAGAAACUCUUUUAACCCUAGAUGUGGUGGAUCUAGCUUCGAUAUUGAAGAGUUCGCAAGUCAUUUCUAGCGAAAUGAAUUUCGAUUUGUUGAUGAAGCAGAUGCUGGGUAUCAUUUUGGAAAAUUCUGGUGCCGAAUCUGGCGUGAUAAUUGUCAAAGAAAACACGUCAUUUUUAAUUGUUGGAUGUGGUUCUCAAACGCAUGGCUGCGAGAUAUUCAAUAAGCCUAAGGUUCUAUCAGAAGAAGCCGAUUCGAUUGUUACUCGUAUUUCCCAGUACGCUAUUCAUUCUCAAGAAUCUCUUUUCAUAUUGGAUGUUCAGCAAGAUUCCAGAUUUUCAGAUUGUACUACACAAGCAAAAUCAUGUAUUUGUACCCCAAUCGUUCACAAAGCUGCCGUUGUCGGUUGUAUUUAUAUUGAAGCUGCCGUUGGCUCGUUAACAUCUCGCCACGAAGUGGUUUUACGCCUCUUAUCUCAACAAAUCGGUAUCUCAGUCACAAAUGCCUUAUUAUUCAAAAGCAUUCAAAAGGUUACCUAUGCCAAUGUCAAGAUGAUUGAAAACCAAAAAUCUGCGUUAGAGGAAGCUAGAAAGAGCAAAGAAGCGGCUCUUCAUGCCAUGAAGUUAAAGGCCGACUUUUUAGCAAACAUGUCCCAUGAAUUGCGUACGCCAUUUUCCGGCUUCUAUGGUAUGAUUUCGCUUUUAUCAGAAACUGCAUUGGAUGCCGAACAACAAGAUAUCGUUCUUACAGCAAAAGAAAGUUGCGAAAUGCUUUUAAAGAUCAUUGAUGAUCUAUUAAAUUUCUCAAAGCUGGAAGCUGGCAAGGUUGUCAUGGAUCUGGGUCCAUUAGUGAUUGAAGAAGCAAUAGCAGAUACAAUUGAAAUCCUGAGUUCUUUGGCCGCCCGUAAAGGUCUUGAGUUGGCCUACAUUGUUGACCCGGACGUUCCCAAAAGCGUUGUAGCUGAUUCAUCUCGUUUACGACAGAUUUUGACCAACUUACUUGGCAAUGCCAUCAAAUUUACACACCAAGGCGGCGUAGUUAUUAAGGUUCAUAUGGUCCCUGUGGGAAAAGAAAUUCCAAAUAGUGAAGAUCUACUUUGCUUGAAGUUUGAAGUGAUUGAUACUGGUAUUGGUAUCCGUCCUGAUCAGCAGCGCCAACUCUUUGAACCCUUUUCUCAGGUAGAUGGUAGUACAACUCGCAUGUAUGGCGGUACAGGUUUGGGACUCUCCAUAUGUCUUCAAUUGGUCCAGUUGAUGAUGGGAGAUGUCGGUGUAGAGUCGCGACCCGACAUGGGAUCCAACUUUUGGUUCACGGUUAUUGUGCACAAAGAGCCAAAACGUCCGCAAAACGACAACAUCAUCUCUAAAUCUGCUUCACUUCGCUUUGCUUUACGCAAUCAACAAAUUUUGCUAGCUUCGCAUAAUGAUCUUAACUCCAAAAUGGUUAGAUCGUUACUAUCAGAUUUCAAACUUAAACCCACCACAGAUAUCCCUCAAGCUGUAUCCCAAGCUUUACAAGAAAACCACCCAAUUUUGAUUCUUGAUAUUCCACCCAAGCCAAAUAGCUUUAUUGCACAUCAACUUCAAAGCGUUGACGACGAUCCCGAGUGUGAAUUACAUAUUGUAUUGUUGUACACACCAUCAACAGAAGGCCAUAAACUUGCUGCUGAAGCGACCAAUUCUUCGUCAGAUCGUCGCGGCCGUCUUGUAAAGAUGGCCAAACCUGUUCGUCGAACAAAGCUACUCCGUUUGCUUGAACAGGUGUUGGACCAGCAGCGUGUUUCUCCUAUACCCCAAUUACAAACACCCCUAGGCACUCGUAUGAAAGACUAUUUCGAUAAAGAGGAAUUAUCUUGGUACUCUGAAAAACCUGUUUUGAUUGCAGAAGAUAAUAUGGUUGCUCAAAAGCUUCUGAGAAAGCAGCUUGAAAAAAUGGGUUUCUCGGUUGAAAGUGCGAAUAACGGUGAAGAAGCAUAUAAUCUAUGGCUUGAAAGGCCAACCAACUAUUUUUGUAUUGGCUUCUUUGAUCAUCAUAUGCCAAAGUGCGAUGGUGUAGAAGCUACAAAACGCAUAAGAGCGCACGAAUUAGGAACCGGUAGUCGAUUACCUAUUGUUGCAUUAACUGCUGAUAUUCAAGCAUCUGCCAAGGAAAUCUGCAUUGAAGCAGGGAUGGAUGGUUACUUGACAAAGCCUCUAAUCCCCAAAGAUUUAGCGGCGACGCUUCGUCACUUGAGCCAUGCCAUCCAAAGACACUAUGAUACACCUGCAUCUUCAGCCCCUUCAUCACCUUUAUUUAUCGAAACAUCAACACAUAAUUGUAAAUAA